CAUCCGCUGGUUUAUCUUCGACGCUUGUGCUUUCACAUCCAGCGUCUAAGAGCGAAAACUGAAGAUGUCCGACAUUCUUUACGGGCACCCGAACACAGCAGUGCCUAAAAGCUAACGUUAGCAUUUCCCGUGGUGUUAUGAGUUGAGCGAGACAGAAGAGCUGGGAAUGCAGCCUCCGCUCCCACCUGAGGCGGUCAGAGAGCUGGUGUGCUCCUGUCUGCACAGAGACCCCAUAGCAGCAGAUCUCCGCUGCAGCCUGUUUGUUGCUGCGGCGCAGAACUACAAGCGGGACUCUUUGCUCCGACCCUUCCCACCCAGAUACAUAAGUGGAGCCAAUAAGGACUUUGAGGAGCUGCUGGCAGAUGUAAAGUCUUUGCCUGGUGUUAGAGAGUUGGUGAGACUGCGACCUGGAGAGGGAGAUCAUCAUCUGGCUCUCACACACUGGAUCCUCUCUUCAAAUAGCUUUGCUGUCAAGACACUUCAGAAAGAUGAGUAUGCCAAACUGUGCAACUUGACAGAAAAUGAACGGACUUCUGCGCCGGUGCCCGAUUUCCUCUUUGAGUUGGAGUACUGUGACCAGAUGAAUGUCAGGUUCGAGAGGAUGAGGACAGGACGAGACGUCUUCUAUGCAUUCCACGGGAGCCGUCUGGAGAAUUUUCACUCAAUCAUUCACAACGGGCUGCACUGUCACCUCAACAAGAACUCAGUGUUUGGAGAGGGAACCUACCUCACCAGUGACCUCAGCAUGGCAGUCCUCUACAGUCCCCACAGCAGCAGCUGGAGAGAAAGUCUCCUGGGUCCACUGCUCAGCUGUGUGGCCUUGUGUGAAGUCAUUGAUCAUCCAGAUGUUAAGUGCCAGGUCAAGAAAAAAGAUUCUGAAAUCAUUGACCGUCAGCGCUCCAGGGCGAAGAACAGUGAAGGAGGCGACGUGCCACAGAAGUACUUUGUUGUCACCAACAAUCAGCUUUUGCGAGUCAAGUACCUGCUUGUUUACUCUCAGAAGAGAAACCUGUCCAGACAUUCCCGCAGCACCUCCUGGUUCCUCCGUCACCACUUUGCCAUCAUGAUGAGUCUCUACCUUCUGCUCCUGGUGUUCAUCGGUGCCUUAAACUCCACCACCUUCGUCUCCUUCUGGAGCAAACUCUUCAGGUGACGAGAAAACAGGACACACGGCCUGGAUGUGCUUUAUCCAUUGUGCCUUCCUGACCGGAGUCUGACUGGAGGCCUGAGCAAAGAUGCACCUUUAUACUGUUUUCCCUUUGCAAUUGUUCUUUUCUUUAUUUAUAUAAGUAGUUUAAAUUAGUAGUUUUUCCAAGAUUACAUAUCUUGUCAAAUUACAGCUAAACCCAGAGCUGCUGUCAUGUACUAAUUCUGUUGAAAUGUUUUAGAAUACCUGUUCUACAUUUUAAGAAUGUUAUGCAAUGUUUCAUCUGGGAUUUUUAAUGUUAAGUAAAGAUCCAGUUUUGUAGAAAAGCUCUGUUGCUGCUGUGUUGUUUUAGUCUUCUGGGAUCAGUUUUCCAAACCACUGCACACAGUGUAGCUUAUUUGAAAAAAAUAUAUUGUUCCGUACAGAGGAUGACUAGCACAUUAACUGACUGUACGGAACCUCUGAUUCCAGUCUAUUGCUAAAGCGAUAACAACCCAAAAAUGAACAUUUAAGAAUUUGGUGUUCAACAGCCAAGGUCAGCGUGACCUCACAAAACACGAUUUUGGUCAGAACUCAAAAAUUCACAUGACAUGUUUUACACAAAUGUGUUAGAGGAUUAAAUGAUGGAGACAUUUCAUGUCAUCAUAAUGUUCUAAAAAAAACAUUUAACACAAUAACCCAAGAACAGAAGGGAAGCGUGAGACGAUAUCUCACAUUUGGUCAAAUACUGCCACUGUGAAACUGUGGUGGUUGCUGCUGGGCUGGAGAUGUGUGUGAAGCACAUCCAUGUUUUAUAAUUUUUACAUAUUUAUGUAAUGUUUGAAACCUUGUCUACUGUCAUGGCUUCAACUUUGUGUCGUAUUAGAAUCAGCUUCAUUGGCAAAGCAUGUGAAACACAUACAACCAACAUACUCUUUUUUUGUCUCCCAGUAAACUUAAUAAUACAGCAAAUGGAACAAGGAAAAAAAAAGGUUAACAAAGGGAAGUCAAAUCAAUUUUAUUUAUAUAUAUCACAAAUCAUCGUGUACAUUUAUUUUAUUCCUUCAAAGUCGUCGCUUCGUAUGUCAUGAGUCUGGUUGGUGGAGGUGUACAAUUGUGAAGUGAGGUUGUAUUUAAUCCGUAUGGACCAUUUAAAAUGAAGGUCUUGUGGGAUAGUUUGUGAAACUGGAAAAACAUGAGGUGCUCACAUUAUUUUUAAUAA